GUUUCCUGGUCGGCUCAUAGCAACCGGAGCAGCCUAUCAAAAUGGUGGGAAAAGGAACAACAAUAAAAGAAGCCCUGGCCAAAUGGGAGGAGAAGACGGGGGAAAAGUGCAGCGAGGCCACAGUUGUAAAGCUCAUUUGUCAGAUUCCCCCGAUUGAAAAAUUGGAUUCCACUCUUGCCAAAAUCCCCAAUUGCGAAAAGCUGUGUCUGUCCACAAACUGCAUUGACAAAAUAACCAAUCUAGGGGAACUGAAAAACUUGAAAAUUUUGUCAUUGGGUAGAAAUAAUAUCAAGGCCUUUACUGGCCUGGAUGCAGUUGGCGACACAUUAGAAGAGUUGUGGAUCUCUUAUAACCUGAUAGAGAAAAUGAAAGGUGUUCAUUUGAUGAAAAAACUAAGGAUUCUCUAUAUGUCUAACAACCUAGUCAAAGAUUGGGGAGAGUUUUCAAAGCUGGCUGAUCUACCAUGCCUUGAAGAUCUGGUGUUUGUGGGAAAUCCUCUAGAAGAGAAAGCUGAAGCAUCUUGGUCCAUUGAAGCUCCUAAAAGGGUACCCAGACUGAAAAAACUGGAUGGGCAUCCAGUCAUUAAAAGAGCUGAAGAUGAAGACGGCGGCUGAUAGGCUUUAGUACUGUAUUGCCGGAAAACUACAUUUUCUUUGGAAGGCAUCUUUUUGAAAUUUUUCACAAAUCUGAUGUGCUAUACCAGUCCCGCAGCGUGAUGCUACUGUCAGUAUAAUUUGAAUGGUCAUCUGGUUGAAGGCAUUCAAUAGCUUUAUCCUUUUCAACAGGUCCAUGUAUAUUGUGGUCAAACUGACUAUAAAACAUUCCCAGAGAAAGCAAAGCAAAAAAGACUUAUUUAUAUAGCGCAUUUAAUACACAAGUUGCUCUAUGUGCUCUACAUUAUUAAAAACAUUUAAAAACAAAGGAAAAAAACAGCUUAUAAACAUUGAAAACAAAGAGAAAAAUAAAUAAAAGUGCAAUUUGAAACAUGCCCUGCAAUUGGCUGGCGUCCGGUUCAGGGUGUACUCAGCCUCCCGCCCGAAGAUAGCUGGGAUAGGCUCCAGCAGCCCGCGACCCUAGUGAGGAUAAGCGGUAAAGAAAAUGGAUGGAUGGAUGGACGGAUGGACAAUUAAAACAGCCUACAGUGCAAUAAAUAUCAUUUAAAAGUGGAAAUGCUCUCAAAAGCAUGAGAAAAAAAAGAAGAGUUUUUAACCUGGACUUAAAAACAUUCACACUUGGGGCUGAUGUCACUUCUGUUGGCAACUUAUUCCAUUUGCGUGCAGCAUAAUAGCCAAUUGCUGCUUCACCAUGUUUGCUUUGCUCUGUGCUCCACUAUUUGACCUGAGCCUGUUGAUCUCAGAGCCCUACUGGGUUUACACAAAAAUGGUCAGAAAUAGCCAUAUCCUAAUGUCAACUGAUAGAAUUUCAACAUCCUUCGAGAUGACCAGGUCUAAGAUGUGACCUUGAGUAUGGGUAGGACUCUUAAUAUGUUGAGAGAGGUCAAACGUGUCUAGUAUAGCAGAGAGUUCUUAUGAUUUUUUUUCAUGUUAUUGUCAAAAUGAAUGUUAAAGUCUCCCUUUAUGACAAAAUAGUUGUAGUCAGUACAAAUAACUGACAGCAGUUCUGAAAAAUCCUCAAAAUUUUCCAUUGAAUAUUGGAGGACUAUAAAUUAUUAAAACAAUAACCUUUAACUAAAAAAACAGAGCUAUUCAAAAGAGCUAAAAUCACCCAGUAUAAUUUCUUGACACUGAAAUAAUGAUUUAAAAUAACAGCAAUACCACCGCCUUUUUUUCCCGUAUUUGACACUUGUUCAUAAAAUUACAAUUUUCUGGUGUUGCCUCAUGUAAAAUGGUAUUACAGCUACUUUCUGUUAACCACGUUUCAUUUAAUAACUAAGUCGAGAUGACAGGUUGUAAUGAUGUCAUUAAUCAACAUUGAUUUAUUAUCCAUGAAAAAUGGGAUGAAAAAUGCCUAAUCUCCAUAGGGGUCUGGCUUAUUCUGGGAAAGACCUCGUAGAUAUCAGUCAGAUUCGCAGAUAAUAUUCUUCAUGGGUGUAGGAGAGGCCCUUUGCAUCUUAGUGGACGGUGGUUUCAGGCGAGGGUGGAUGGGAGGAAGAUCUUGGCGUGGUGUGGGCUUGACUCCAAUAUUGACGAUAGCCUGGCAUUUAGGCUCAUAGAGAGUGAGUUUUGCGUUGGGCUUUGCUUAAAAGGGACAGGGAGGGCUGUGGGAGAUUGAAAGUGCUGCCUCAUCUCAUUUCAUUCCUCCGAUUGGUUGAGUGACGGUGAUAAAUCCAUCUGCUCCUCGUGUCGUCUUAUCUCUUGUUCCUCCGAUUGUUUGGGAACAACUGCAUCCUUUUGUCCUUCAGCCGUGUCAACAAAGCCAGUGUUUUCCUUUCUGGCCGCUGAAUGAUGUACACGGCAAAAAAGCAGAAAUUGUCAAUGAAAUGCACGGGUAGUGCAGUACACACUACUUUGAGCAAGUUACUUAAUUGACUGAGCCUACUGAAACGUUCAUCUCCAAUUUGUACUGCUGGGAGAGGUCCACUUAUGAAAACCUCAGCACACUUCCGUACCUCUGAUUGCUGCUUGACAACAUCCAGGGCCCCUGUGUGUACAAUGACCGAUUUCACAGUUGGGUGCUGAUUAGUGAUCUCCAGGAUUUUUUUGGGAGAUAUCAAGACAUGAUGUCAUUGGUGUAACAUAGUACUUGGAAGUAUCUUCCAAGUCAGCUGUAAAGUUCAGUCCAGCAUAAUGGUGUCAGUUUUGUAAGUGCUUGGAAAACCAGUACUUCUAAGAAGUACAACUGAAAAGAGGGUCUACACUGCAGAACUACAUGCUCCUCUUUGUUCCUCCAGUUGAGUCCCGUGGCACCCUAGGGUGAGAGAUCAUCAGGGGUGUUGCGGGAAAUGAUCGAUUUUUACAAAAUUGAUCUGAAAAGAUACAUUUGUUAUUUAUAGAUACAUCUUUGUCAACAAUGUUUAGUGACAGGGAAAACAAUAAAGCGUUCUUCCAUUGGCUGGCAGAAGGUGCAACAACUGUGCAUCCACCUGAUGCCAUUCACGCUACAGAAGAAGGCAUGGCUUCCUGCGAGUAUAUUAGCUUAAACAGGCCCAGAUUGCACACUGAGUAAAACAAUUUGUGGAUAAAUUUAUAUGAGAUCGUCUUUAUUUCAGUUUUCAUACUUUUUGUGACAUUUUUGUUUGGUGCUGUGCUGUUAGAUUCUUCUAAUGUAAAAUGGGUGCUAUCCUUUUCCAAUAUUAUACCACAGUAUUAAGACAACUAAAAUAAAACAAUUACCUGAAAUACCUUCAUGCAUACCUUCAU